AUGAACAGUGUGGAUAUAGGACGAUGCAGCAAGCGCAUCGUACAGUAUCUAUGGGACCCAGAACCCAAGAAUGACGAAGAUCCAAAUGCAUCAAUCUGGUGUCUGGGAGUAGAGUACCCUCCCGACCAGGAUAACACCCCGAAGACAAAGACAUAUCAUGCCUGGCCCGAGUCAUUCCUCUUAGACUUCGAAUCAAAAAUUUGGAUGACAUAUCGAUCAAGCUUCCCCCCCAUACCAAAGCUCGAGGGAGGCGACAUGAGUGCAUCAAUGACACUGGGGGUACGCCUAAGAAGCCACCUAGUAGAUACGCAAGGCUUCACCUCUGAUACUGGCUGGGGCUGUAUGAUACGAUCUGGCCAGAGCCUGUUAGCAAAUGCAAUGUCUAUGCUGCUUUGGGGGCGCGGUUGGCGUCGUGGGAAAAACUUUGAGGAAGAGGCACAACUGCUGUCGCUUUUCGCCGAUGUCCCAAGUGCACCAUUCUCAGUACAUCGUUUCGUCAAACAUGGAGCGGAAUCUUGCGGCAAAUACCCAGGAGAAUGGUUUGGGCCUUCUGCGACUGCUAAAUGUAUAGAAGCGCUUUCAUCCCAAUGUGAAAAUCCAGUGCUCAAAGUGUACGUUACGAAUGAUACCUCGGAAGUAUACCAGGAUAAGUUCAUGAGUGUCGCGCGCAACAAUUCUGGUGUUUUCCAGCCCACCUUGGUACUUCUAGGAACCAGGCUUGGUAUCGACCACAUUACACCUGUAUAUUGGGACGGGCUAAAGGCUGCGUUGCAGUUUCCCCAAUCGGUGGGCAUCGCAGGAGGACGCCCAUCGGCGUCUCACUAUUUCGUUGGCGCCCAGGGGUCCCAUCUAUUCUACUUGGAUCCACACUACACUCGUCCAGCGUUUCCAGACCGCGAAAAGGGUGGAUCGUACUCCAAGGACGAAGUGGAUACCUAUCAUACCCGGCGAUUAAGAAGAAUUCACCUGAAGGACAUGGAUCCGAGCAUGCUUAUAGGCUUCCUUAUCCGAAACCAAGAAGAUUGGUACGAUUGGGUGAACCGUCUACGAGCAGUUGAAGGAAGACCGAUAAUUCAUGUAUUGAAUGAAAUGAAUACUGAUCACGACCAGGAAGCGGAAGCCCUCAGCCAGGUCGAAGCAUUGGACGAUAUUGAAUAGAACAGUGGUCUUGAUGAAGCAUUCUAUAUGUAGUUGAACUUGUGCGCAUGUUGAGCCGUCAUUUAUCAAUUUCAGUUGGCACUCUCAUGAACAUGCAACCAAGCAAUUUGAAAUUCGGAUUCUGCUAGGGAAGGCAAAUCCGCGCAACCAACCCCAGGUCCGAGUUAUGUUACACCGCAUUCACGUCACGAAAACCAUAAAAACAUUUGGCCCAAAGG